AUAACAUCCACUGACGAUGGCGAUGUUGUAGUCGGGUAUGUACUCAAGAACAAGAAGAUCAAGUGCCGUCAACAAAGGUGUGCCUUCAAAACAUUCGGUCGUCAAGCAGAAUUCGAGCGGCAUUACAAAAAUUUCCAUGCCGCUCAAAAGCAACAGUUCUGGUGUCACAUAAUAUCCUGCAAUCAUGCUCAAGCUAAAGGAGGCGACCCGUUCCCGAGGAAAGAUAAACUGAUCAAGCAUGUUCGGGAGGCACAC